CGAUAAAGAGUGUCACAUCGCUGAGUCAGGACCACGUCUUUGAGGCGACAAAACUGACUGAAGAUGCCCAAGCGCCCAGAUUAUCAGUGGUCUGCCCCAGAGGGGGUCGAGUCUCCAAAACUCCACCUGUACAACUCCAUCACUAGGAAGAAGGAGCUGUUUAAACCUCAGAACCAUGUAGUUACUUGGUACAGUUGUGGACCAACAGUCUAUGAUGAUUCUCACAUGGGUCAUGCAAGAUCGUACGUCAGCUUUGACAUCCUGCGGAGGGUGAUGCAGGACUACUUUGGAUACCCUGUCAAGUAUGUUAUGAACAUCACUGAUAUUGAUGACAAGAUUAUUAAGCGAGCUCGCACCAGAUACCUUGUCAAGAAAUAUAAAGAGUCUCAAGUUUCCAAGGAUAAGUUGAUUGAAGACAUUUUCUCUGCUGUGGAACACCACAAUUCUAUCAUUGCAGCAACAACAGAUCAAGAUAAACUUAAAAUGCUGGUUGAGGAAGUGCAGAAGGUGAAGACUGCUGCAGAUGCAUUACAGAGUGUUGCCAGUUCAGGAAAUGCUUCUGAAAUCAGCAAGCACCUAGAUCAGCUGAUGGCCAGUGCUGAGAGUGUGCUGGGCGAAUGGCUGGACAAAGAGAAGGGGAAGGAAGUCACGGAAAAUUCCAUUUUCGCAGACUUGCCACGGCAUUUUGAAGAAGAGUUCAACAAGGACAUGGAUGCUCUCAAUGUUCUUCCAGCUGACAUUGUAACCAGAGUGUCUGAGUACGUGCCUCAAAUUGUGGACUACGUGGAGAAGAUUAUCAACAAUGGCUAUGCUUACGAAUCUUGCGGCUCUGUGUACUUUGAUGUGGGAAAGUUUGAUGCGGAGCCAUCCCACUAUUAUGCCAAGCUAGUUCCUGAGGCCUAUGGUAACCAGGAGGCUUUGGAGGAAGGUGAGGGAGCACUCUCCACCACUGCUGCCCAGGAGAAGAGGAGCCCCAAUGACUUUGCUCUCUGGAAAGCCUCAAAGCCUGGUGAGCCAGCGUGGCCCUCUCCCUGGGGUCCCGGCAGGCCAGGGUGGCACAUUGAGUGCUCUUGCAUGGCCUCAGAUGUCAUUGGAGAGUCUCUUGACAUCCACACAGGUGGCGUUGAUCUGAAAUUCCCUCACCAUGACAAUGAAUUGGCACAAGCAGAGGCAUAUUACAACAAUGAUCACUGGGUGCGGUACUUCUUGCACACGGGCCACCUGCACAUCGACGGCUGCAAGAUGAGCAAGAGCCUCAAGAACUUCAUAACCAUCAAGAAGGCCCUGGAGGAGACGUCGGCUGCGCACCUACGUGUGGCCUUCCUCCUGCACGCCUGGAAGGACACGUUGGAUUAUAGCUCAAACACCAUGGAAGGAGCCAAACAGUUCUACAAGAUGGUUAGUGAAUUCAACCUGAAUGUCCAGGAUCUGGUUCGUCGCAUCGGAAACACUAGCACGCAGUGGAGUAAUACUGAGAUGCAGGUGGAGGCAACAUAUAAUAACACAAGAGUAAAUGUUCAUAAGGCGCUGUGCGAUAACAUUGACACCAGAACAGCACUUGACCACAUGAGGGACCUCAUUACAGAAGCCAACAAAUACAUGAAUAACAACCAGCAGGUCAACUCUCAAUUGAUGAUCAACAUAAACAGCUACAUCCUGAAAAUGAUGAACAUGUUUGGUGUUACUCUUGGUGAUCAGAGUGGAGGCAGUGGCCAGAGCUCGGAGAACCUUCUUGCGGUAGCUGAAGUAGUGGGAGAUGUUCGAGAGAAACUCCGUCAGUGGUCUAGAGGAAAGGAUGUCGACGCCAAAGACCUCCAGGGGAAACUCCUAAGCCUCUGUGACAGCAUUCGUGAUGACAUGCUACCUCCGCUUGGGAUCAGGCUGGAAGACAGAGACGGAGGUGCACCAAGCAUUAAACUUGUAGAUGCGGCAGAGCUUAUGCAAGAGAUCAAGCUAAAGAAAGAGCAAGAAGCUGCCAAGAGGGAGGAGAAGGAGAGGAAGAAGGCAGAACAGGCAGCGAAGCAAGCCGCCAAGGACAAGGAGGUGCCCAAGGACCCAAAGGACAUGUUCCGCACCCCCGAAUAUUCGCAGUGGGACGAGAGCGGCCUGCCAACGCACGACAAGGACGGCAAGGAAAUCACCAAAAGCCAGUCAAAGAAACUCGCCAAGCUCAUGGAAGCCCAGAAAAAGAAAUUCGAGAAGUGGCAAGCACAACAGGCGUAGCGUAAUUUAUAGAAUUUUUUGCUUCCGUGAUCUGUUAGGUGGAAUGUGAUUAAUAAAAAAUAUUCUGGCCGAAGUUGAUUUAAUUGUCAUUUCGCGUGUGCAGGAUCAGUGGAUACCUUGCAUGAUUUAAGCUUUAAAUGCAUAAUUAUGAUAUUGAGAUAUUGGUGAUUGGCAUUUUGUGAUUCUUUUUUUUUUUAUAACGUCUAAUUCUAGAGUUGAGAGCUAUAAGGGCCAAAGGCAAAAAAGGGCAAUUUUGAGAUAAGCCUACCAUCACACUGGAAAUUUUUGUUUCUAUAAGUGAUUUAAAGGAUAAUUUCAUCAGUUCGUUUUUUAUAAUUAAAAAAAACAUAUAUCCCAACUCAUGAUUGAUUGAUACCAGUAGUUGGAUUUUGAUUAUAUAGCAAACAAAAGCUCCCAGUUAGCUGCUUUUUACUAAUUUAUACUUGAAGUCAAUAUGCUAUUUUCAGUUACAGAAAGAAGGAGAAAAAAAUUGAUGUGAAUGCAUUACAGAAUUGUCGGCAAGGAAGUAUAUUUAUAUUUCAAAGAUAGUUUCAUUUUUAAGCCAUAAUAUGGUGGAGAAACUUUAGAAAGGGAAUUAGGAGAAAUGGUUUAAACAUCAAGAGCAAUAAAUAUCUUGAUUUAUCAUUUAAUCAGCAAAAAAUAGUUUUUGCAAUGUUUGUUUUGAAAGCAUAAACAAAUCGUUAUUUUUGUUGUGUAUUUUUUUUAAGACCUAGAUUAAUGUAACACAUUUUGAAAAAACAACCUUUUUGAAUUAUUAUUUGCUGAAUUUCAACCAAGGCGGUUUUCUCACACUGACUUUCAUGAUAUUGGCCCUUCUUGUUCUGGGCCCUAGAAUUACCAGUUAUAUCUGUUUAAAGAUGUGAUUGCUGUUGCUGAUCAUGUGCCUGUCUUUGCAUUUUUAACCAGAUUCCAACACAUAAACAAAUGCACAGAGAUACAUAUAGAGAGAGAGCAAGAGAGAGAGAGAGAGAGAGAGAGAGAGAGAGAGAGAGAGAGAGAGAGAGAGAGAGAGAGAGAGAGAGAGAGAGAGAGAGAGAGAGAGAGAGAGAGA